AUUCACACUUUCUUACACUACACACGAUCAUUCUCAACGAACGGACCAACAUAUACAUCCCAUAUAGACCUAUUUUCUUUUUGAUAUAAUACGACAAAGUAAAAUCUUACAGCUAUUAUGAAAUCCGAGCAAUAUAACGACGCUCCAGCAAUACCAGCAGCAGAGAUCGCUUACAAGAGCGAUCCUCUUAUGGCAGCUGAAUUCCCCGAUGGUGACAAUCGUGGGGUUGGUCACUAUCCACAAAAAAAGGAAAUCAUGAUCGAGACAGAAGAUCUCACAGAGGGUCAUGAACCUACCCUAGAAGAAGAGAGCACUCUUCGCCGAGUCGCAGACAAGAUCCCAGCAUCAGCUUGGUUGGUCGUCGUUGUCGAAUUUUGUGAGCGCUUUACAUACUAUGGCCUCUCUGGUCCCUUUCAAAAUUAUAUUCAAUAUCCUUAUACAGAUCAACGAGGCGCUGACCAUCCAGGCGCCAUCGGGAAGGGACAGCAAACUGCCACAGCACUCAAUUACUUUUUCCAAUUUUUCUGCUAUUUUACGCCGAUCCUUGGUGCCAUUGUUGCAGAUCAGUAUUUCGGAAAAUACAGGGCCAUUUGUGUAUUCUGUGGCAUCUACAUGAUCGGAGUUCUCAUUCUUGUCUUGACAUCUAUCCCUCCCGCCAUUUUCGCUGGCGCAGCUUUACCCGGUCUAGUGGUUGCGAUGAUCAUCAUUGGUUUAGGUACCGGAGGAAUCAAAUCCAAUGUCUCACCUAUGGUCGCAGAACAAUACCAAGGGACCAAAGCCACUGUCAAGACCCUUAAAUCAGGUGAAAAAGUCAUUGUCGAUCCAAAUGUCACGAUUCAAUCCAUCUUCAAUUGGUUCUAUUGGUCCAUCAACUUGGGUUCCCUCUCGGCUAUUAUCACCACCAACGUCGAGAAAUACUAUGCGUUCUGGCUUGCUUACUUGAUCCCUUUAAUCAUGUUCAACGGCGCUGUCAUCGCCCUUUGGGUCGGAAGAAAAAAAGUCGUCAAGACCCCUCCUCGUGGUUCAGUUCUCUUGGAGGCUUUUCGAGCCUUUGGCAUCGCGCUCAAACAUGGUCGGAAUUUGGAUGCAGCUAGACCUUCUGUCAUCCAGGCACGUGAUCCAAACGCGGACAUGAAGGCCAUCACCUGGAAUGAUAUCUUUGUUGAUGAACUCCGGUUGACACUCAAGGCCUGUUCUGUCUUCUGUUUCUUUCCUCUUUACUGGGUCAUCUAUAACCAAAUCACCACCAACUUGAUCUCUCAAGCCGGAACGAUGCUCCUCUACGGUAUCCCCAAUGACGUAGUUAACAAUAUCGAUCCGAUUGUCCUCAUCAUUUUCAUUCCAAUCUUUGACAAGCUCAUAUACCCCGCUUUCCGCCGCAUGGGCUGGGAACUUAAACCGAUCACACGGAUCUCCCUCGGCUUCUUGUUCAGCGCAUUGGCCAUGGCCUGGACUGCUAUUGUCCAACAUAAGAUCUACAGCACAGGUCCCAAUUAUGAGUGCACCCUCUGUGAUCCCGAUCAAACACCCAACGAUGUCUCAAUCGCUUGGCAAAUCCCCUCUUACUUCUUCAUUGCCAUCUCCGAGAUCUUUGCAUCCAUUACAGGUCUCGAGUUUGCAUUCACAAAUGCUCCUGCUACCAUGAAAUCCGUCGUCAUGGCCAUUUUCUUGUUCACGAACUGUCUUGGUGCUCUCUUGGGAUUCGCAUUCUUGCCCAUGACCAAAGACCCUCUGCUCUUGUGGAUGUAUACCGGUUUGGGAGCUGCUGCCUUGUUGAUCAGUGCUAUCAUCUAUUGGCAGUUCCAUAAUUAUGACACGACCAUGC